GUGGCGGCGGCUCGUGCCGGUCGGGCUCGGGCUGCGUUUACCGAGAGUCAGCGCUCGCUGCGCACCAGCCCGCCGACCUGAACUUUCGCCAAGGAGCUCUUCCUGGGCACAAUCGAGAAGAAAGAAGUUUUCCCGUUUCCAGAAGUUAAUCAAGAAGAACUGAAUGAAAUUAAUCAGUUUGUGGGACCAGUAGAAAAAUUUUUCAAUGAGGAGGUGGACUCUCAGAAGAUUGACCAGGAGGGGAAAGUCCCAAAAGAAACUUUUAAAAAAUUGAAGAGUCUAGGACUUUUUGGAAUGCAGAUCCCAGAAGAAUAUGGUGGCCUGGGCCUCUCUAACACAAUGUAUGCGCGGUUAGGGGAAAUCGUCGGUCUGGAUGCAUCUAUUGCCGUAACGCUGGCAGCACACCAGGCUAUAGGCCUCAAGGGAAUCAUCAUGACAGGAAAUGAGGAACAGAAGGCCAAAUACUUGCCCAAACUGGCACUGGGGGAACACAUUGCAGCUUUCUGCCUUACGGAGCCUGCCAGUGGGAGUGAUGCUGCAUCUAUCCGGACCAGAGCCACGUUAAGUGAUGACAAGAAGCACUACAUCCUCAACGGCUCCAAGAUCUGGAUCACCAACGGAGGACUGGCUGAUAUUUUUACUGUGUUUGCAAAGACACAGAUUGUUGAUUCCAACAACUUGAUGAAAGACAAAAUGACAGCAUUUAUAGUAGAAAGAAACUUUGGUGGGAUCACUAACGGGAAACCCGAGGAUAAGCUGGGCAUUCGCGGCUCCAACACUUGUGAAGUCCAUUUUGAAAACACCAAGGUACCCGUUGAAAAUGUCCUCGGAGAAGUAGGAGGCGGGUUUAAGGUGGCCAUGAACAUCCUCAACAGUGGGCGGUUCAGCAUGGGCAGCACUGUAGCUGGAAUGCUCAAGAAAUUGAUUGAGAUGACCGCUGCAUAUGCCUGCACAAGGAAACAGUUCAACAAGAAUCUCAGUGAAUUUGGAUUAAUUCAGGAAAAGUUUGCCCUGAUGGCUCAGAAGGCUUAUGUAAUGGAAAGUAUGGCCUACCUCACUUCAGGGCUACUAGACCGGCCGGGCCUUCCCGACUGUUCCCUCGAGAGUGCCGUAGUCAAGGUGUUCAGCUCCGAGGCUGCCUGGCAAUGUGUGAGUGAGGCGCUGCAGAUCCUCGGGGGCUUGGGUUACAUGCGGGACUACCCUUAUGAGCGCAUGCUCCGUGACAGCCGUAUCCUUCUCAUCUUCGAGGGAACCAAUGAGAUUCUCCGGAUGUACAUCGCCUUGACAGGUCUGCAGCAUGCUGGCCGCAUCCUGACUACUAGGAUCAAGGAGCUUAAACAGGGAAACGUGAGCACGAUUAUGGAGACAGUUGGCCGAAAGCUUCGAGACUCCCUGAGCCGUUCCGUGGACCUAGGACUGACUGGCAAGCUUGGCGUUGUACAUCCCAGUCUUCAAGACAGUGCCAGCAAGCUAGAAGAGAAUGUGUAUUACUUUGGCCAGACCGUGGAGAUGUUGCUGCUCCGCUUUGGCAAGACCAUCGUGGAGGAGCAGAUGGUCAUGAAGCGGGUGGCUAACAUCCUCAUCAACCUGUACGCCAUGACGGCUGUCCUGUCACGUGCCAGCCGUUCAAUUCGCAUUGGACUCCGAAACCAUGACCACGAGGUUCUGUUGGCCAACAUCUUCUGCAUGGAAGCUUAUUACCAGAACCUCUUCUCCUUGUCUCAGCUGGAUAAAAAUUCUCCAGAAAAUCUAGACCAACAGAUUAAGAAGGUGGCCCAGCAAAUCCUAGAGAAGCAAGCCUACAUUUGUGCUCACCCUCUGGACAGGACAUCCUGA